GACUCGACUCGUUCGCCAACGACCCAUUUGUCGAGCGGCGCCGCUGCCACCACUUGUCUUCCCGUGGGUGUCCCAACACUUUUGUCCAGCUCACAUCUUUUUUUAUUCAGAGCUUUAUUGAACACUUUGGACACGCACACGCGGACAAUGGAGAGAGAGUCUAACGUGACCCGGACACAAGAUGACGUAAGGCGGAGAUAGCUUAGUGGCUAACGCAGCGAAGGAGGGCGGAAGCCAGCCAUCUGAUGACGGGCUUGUGAGGCGGUGUCGCCGCCGUGCUCAGCGCCAGAUGACCCCCAACGACGUGUUGACAAAAGGUUCCGGACCUCCCCAUGGCUGGUUAUGACGAGAACAUCGCUAAGAACCCCUUCUACUUGGCGCUGGAGAAGCAGAGGCCUGACCUGUGCGCCCAAGUGGCCAAGCUCCACGGCAUCGUUCUGGUGCCGUGCUGUGUCAGUCUGGGCCAGAGCAGCCUGUCCAGCUGCCACUUUGACAGCUACGUGCUGCAGCCCGGAGAAGGGCGCUACCACACCGCUGAUGGACAGGAGGUCAGGAUCCAGGAGAGGCAGGUCCUGCUGGGGUCCGGCUCGUCCGUCCCCAUCCUGUUCGAGGAGACCUUCUACAACGAGCGGGAGCAGAGCUUCAGCAUCCUCUGUAUCUCCCGGCCCGUCGAGGCGGCGCCCGGCCCGGCCGAGCUCGGCCCGUCGGCGCCGUACUGCCUGAAGAGUCUGGAGGAGGUGGAGGACUUCCUGGGCCGCCACGUCCACAAGUUGGACAAGAUGAUCCUCAACUUCUGCCAGGUCUUCAAGGAGCACGAGAGGAAGGGACUCCGACACCACAUGGACUCAGUCCAUGGGCUGUACACUCGAUGUCUUCAGUGUUUGCUGAGAGACUCUCGUCUGAAGGUCCUGGCCAAGCAGGAAGUCCAGAUGAACGUGCUGAAGCAAGCCGUGGAGGUCUACCUCCACCACGGCAUCCACGGCCUCAUCUUCAACUACGUGGGCUCGCUCGAAGCCAGCCAGGACGCCGCCUUCAACAAGACCACCAGGAGUCUGCAGGAGCUCCAGCACAAAGACUUGGGGGUCAAGCCCGAGUUCAGCAUCAACUUGUCUCGCGCCAAACGAGAGCUGAGUGGACUCAACCGGCAGACGUCGCCGCUGCUCAAACUCCUCUGCCUGCGCCGCGUCGCCCUGAUCGCCACGCACACGCCCACCUCCGCAGUCAGCAUCGAAGCUGUGUGCGCAGAUGACCUGCUCUCCGUCAUCCUCUACCUUCUGAUCAAGAUGGACGUCCCCAAUUGGAUGGCCAACCUGAGCUACAUGAAGAACUUCUGCUUCAGUCACUCCGGCAAAGAUGAGCUGAGCUACUGCCUGAGCACCUUUGAGGCCGCGGUGGAGUACAUCAACCUGGGCAAAGUGCACCCGGCGCUCUCGGGUUGCGUUCAGGUGAGCAAGACGAAGCUGACACAGAAUCUGAGUCUGGCGGUUCAGAGCGCCGCCACACCCGUCAGCUGUUUAUUUGAGCACAUUGCAAAUGGAAACGAGGCGGAGGUGGAGCGUCUGCUGAGCGUAGGCAAAAGCGAAGAGGACGGCCCAACGUGUCACCCUCUCUGCUCCUGUGAAGUCUGUGACCUGCAGCUCUCCGGGAAGUUGAACGAUCCGUCCAUCAUCACCUCCUUCUCCAGGGACGACAGGGGUUACACGCCUCUGCACGUCGCCGCCGUCUGCGGCCAGGCUCAUCUGAUCGACCUGCUGGUGUCCAAACUGGGAGCGCCAGUCAACGCCACGGAUUACCACGCCCUCACACCGCUGCACCUGGCGUGUCAGAAGGGAUACCAGGGGGUCACCCUGCUGCUGCUGCACUACAAGGCGGACGGCGACGCUCAGGACAACAACGGCAACACGCCGCUGCACCUGGCGUGCAUGUACGGCCACGAGGACUGCGUGAAGGCCCUGGUCUACUACGACUUCCAAACGUGCAGCUUGGACCUGCAGAACGACAAAGGCGACACGCCGCUGCACUUGGCGUCGCGCUGGGGCUACGAGGGCAUCCUCCAGGUCCUCCUGGAGAACGAGGCCGCCGUCAACGUGCUCAACAAGAACCGGGACACGGCGCUUCAUUGUGCGCUCAACUCCAAGAUCGUCACGCUGAUAAAGUCGACGCGGAGCGGCCAGCCGUGCAGGAGCGUCGGCGGCGUUCACGCGAGUGUCCCCGCCUCCCCCGUGGCGUCCGACUGCAGCAGCCGGCGCUCGUCCGUAUCCGGCCCCUCCUCUCCGGGCUGCCAGCUCCAACCCGAGCGGGCGCUGGUGCGACAUCGCCAGGUGGAGAAGCUGCUGCGUGCGGUGGCGGACGGCGACGUGGAAAUGGUGCGCUACCUGCUGGAGUGGACUGAUGACGAGGAGGAGGGACAGAUCUUGUCCCAGGUGCCGCUGUGCCACCCGCUGUGCCAGUGUCCCACCUGCGCGCCGGGUCAGAAGGUGUGCGCGGCGGAGGCGGGCGCGCUGGGCGUCAACAGCUGCAACGCCGACGGCUUCACGCCGCUCCACGUGGCCGCCACGCACGGACACGCGGAGCUGACCUCGCUGCUGCUGCGCCACGGGGCCCGCGUCAACGGGCACGGCAACCAGCAGGCCACGCCCCUUCACCUGGCCAGCCAGAACGGCCACCCGCAGGUGGUGGUCUCCCUGCUGGAGUGCAACGCCAAGCUCAACAAAAAGGACCGCCACGGCAACACGGCCCUGAUCCUGGCGUGUCUCGACGGCAACCUGGACACCGCCAACGUCCUCCUACAGAGCCAGGCGCUGGUGAACGCCGCCAACCAUCAGGGGAACACGGCGCUGCACGAGGCGGUGCGGGGCGGACACCCGGCGCUGGUGGAGCUGCUGCUGAGGGGCGGAGCCUGCCCAGAAGUCAGGAACAAGAGGCAGAGGACGCCGCUGGACAGCGCCUACGAGCUCGGCGGCAAGAACUCUGAGAUCCUGCGAGCGCUGCAGAAAGCAUCCGGACUCUCCCCCGACGACGAGCCCAUCAAGCUGCUCUCCGUGCCCAAAGGCACUCUGGCACACUCCUUCGUGCAGCGCCUCAGGACCAACGACCUCCUGUCUGGACCCAAGCACGCCGCCAGCAGGAUUGAGAAGGCGAAGAGAAACUCCUGCAGUCCUUCUCGCCCGGCUGCCCGGGUCAGGACAGUCGCCAAGGACCAGGCGGGCGGCAGAAGCCACGCCCCCCGCCUGGCUCGCUGGCACACGCUGGACUCCGAGGAGCGGGCGCCGCCGUCGCCGUCCAACGUGCGCACACUCGGCGCACGAGCGCGGACACGUAGCUUCGACGACGAUAGCGCUAUGAUGUCAUCAUCGGACAACUCGCCUCGGUUGGCGCUCGCCUCUGUGACACGCCCCCAAAUCUGUCUGAAUGGAGCGCGUGAUGAUGAGUCACAUGACCUGCGCUCUGCACCCUCAACCGCACUUGAACUCCACCACCACGUGCACGCUCAUGAUGGCGCUACUGGUGCGCCUCAUCGCCAAGAUACGCCCCUUUCCAGUGACACACCCCAUUGUCAAGACACGCCCCUUUCCAGUGACACACCCCAUUGUGAAGACACGCCCCUUUCCAGUAAUACUCCCCAUUGUAGUGACACGCCCCAUUGUCAAGACACGCCCCUUUCUAGUGAUACACACCUUUGUAGUGACACACCCCAUUUCAGUGAUACACACCUUUCCAGUGACACACCUCAUCGCCAAGACACGCCCCUCUCCAGUGACACGCCUCAUUGUCAAGACACACCCCUUUCCAGUGAUACACACCAUUCCAGUGACACGCCCCUUUCCAGUGAUACACACCUUUGUAGUGACACGCCUCAUCGCCAAGACACGCCCCUCUCCAGUGACACGCCCCAUUGUCAAGACACACCCCUUUCCAGUGAUACACACCUUUGUAGUGACACGCCCCAUUGUCAAGACACGCCCCUUUCCAGUGAGACACACCUUUGUAGUGACACGCCCCAUUGUCAAGACACGCCCCUUUCCAGUGACACACCCCAUUGUCAAGACACACCCCUUUCCAGUGAUGCACACCUUUGUAGUGACACACCCCAUUGUCAAGACACGCCCCUUUCCAGUGACACACCCCAUUGUCAAGACACGCCCCAUUCCAGUGAUACACACUUUUGUAGUGACACACCCCAUUGUCAAGACACGCCCCUUUCCAGUGAUACACACCUUUGUAGUGAGCCGCCCCAUUGUCAAGACACGCCCCUUUCCAGUAUUACAUACCUUUCCUGUAACACGCCCCUUUCCAGUGAUACACGCCUUUGUAGUGAGACGCCCCAUUGUCAAGACACGCCCCUUUCCAGUGAUACAUACUUUUCCAGUGACACGCCCCUUUCCAGUGAUACACACCUUUGUAGUGACACGCCCCAUUGUCAAGACACGCCCCUUUCCAGUGAUACAUACUUUUCCAGUGACACGCCCCUUUCCAGUGAUACACACCUUUGUAGUGACACGCCCCAUUGUCAAGACACGCCCCUUUCCAGUAAUGCACACCUUUGUAGUGACACGUCCAUCUCCAGUGACUCACCCCUUUGCCCAGACACGCCCCCCUCUAGCGAUAUGCCCCUUAGUCAAGACACGCCCCUCUCUAGUGACACGCCCCACUCCACUGACACGCCCAUAUCUGGUGGCCAAGACACACCCCUUUCUAGUGACACGCCCAUCUCCAGUGACACGCCCUAUUGUCAAGACACGCCCAUAUCUAACGCCCAAGACACGGCCCUUUCUAGUGACACGCCCCAUUGCAAAGACACGCCACCCUCCAGUGACACGCCCCAUUGUCAAGACACGCCCAUAUCUAGUGGCCAAGACACACCCCUUUCCAGUGACACGCCCCAUUUCCCAGACACGCCCUAUUACAAAGACACGCCCUCCGUCUAGUAAUAUGCCCCUUUGUGAAGACACGCCCAUAUCUAAUGUCCAAAACACACCCCUUUCUAGUCACACGUCCCUGUGUAGCAAACUGCCCAAUUGCCAAGACACACCCCUUUCUAGUGACACACCCCUCUCUAGUGAUACCCCCCAUUGUCAAGACACACCCCUUUCUAGUGACACACCCCUAUGCCAAGCCACGCCCCUUUCCAGUGAUACACCCCCAAUGAGAAGACACACCCCUUUCCAGUGACAACAUGCUAACAGUAGCAUGAUGACAUAGGACCUACUUCUUCCAAGAUAUAAUGCGCUAUUUUUGGAUGCAAACAAACAAAAAUAGCUGAACAGCUAGCAUAAAACGUUAGCAUGCUAAUAUAAGAGAUGUUAGCAUCCUUCCAAGAUGGCGCCAAGUAUCAAAAUCCACACGCCCCAUUGCAAAGACACGCCCUUCUCCAGUGGUACGUCCCUUUGUCAAGACACACCCCUUUCUAGUGACACACCCCUUUUUAGGGAUACACCCCAUUGACAAAACACGCCCCAUUAGCAAGACACACCCUUUCCAGUGACACACCCCUAUGCCAAGACACGCCCCUUUCCAGUGAUAUGCCCCAUUGCCAAGACACGCCCCUUUCCAAUGAUAUGCCCCAUUGUUAAGACACUCCCCUUUCCAAUGAUAUGCCCCAUUGUUAAGACACUCCCCUUUCCAGUGAUACACCCUUUUGCCAAGACACGCCCCAUUAGCAAGACACACCCUUUCCAGUGACACACCCCUAUGCCAAGACACGCCCCUUUCCAGUGAUAUGCCCCAUUGCCAAGACACGCCCCUUUCCAAUGAUAUGCCCCAUUGUUAAGACACUCCCCUUUCCAGUGAUACACCCUUUUGCCAAGACACGCCCCAUUGCAAAGACACGCCCUCUCCUUUCUAGGGAUACACCCCAUUGAUAAAACACGCCCCAUUGCCAAAAAAACACCCCUUUCCAGUGACACACCACUAUACCAAGACACGCCCAUUUCCAGUGAUACACCCUUUUGCCAAGACACGCCCCAUUGCAAACACACGCCCCUUUUCAGUGAUACGCCCCAUUGCCAAGACACACCCCUUUCCAGUGACACACCCCUAUGCCAAGACACGCCCAUUUCCAGUGAUACACCCUUUUGCCAAGACAUGCCCCAUUGCAAAGACACGCCCAUAUCUCGUGUCCAAGACACACCCUUUUCUAGUGACACACCCUUUUGCCAAGACAUGCCCCUUUCCAGUGACCACACCCUUUUGCCAAGACACGCCCCAUUGCCAAGACAUGCCCCUCUCCAGUGAUACGCCCAUAUCUCGUGUCCAAGACACACCCCUUUCCCUUGACACACCCCUUCCAGUGAUACACCCCAUUGAGAAGACACACCCUUUUCCAGUGAUACGCCCCAUUUCCAAGAAACGCCCCUUUGUCAAGACAUGCCCAUAUUUCGUGUCCAAGACUCUCCCCUUUCUAGUGACACACCCCUCUCCAGUGACACACUCCAUUGCCCAGACACGCCCCUUUUCAGUGAUGUGCCCCAUUUCCAAGACACACCCCUUUCCAGUGACACACCCUAUGCCAAGACACGCCCCUUUCCAGUGAUGUGCCCCAUGGCCAAGACAAGCCCCUUUCCAGUGAUACACCCUUUUGCCAAGACACUCCCCAUUGCAAAGACACGCCUCUCUCCAGUGAUACGCCCAUAUCUCGUGUCCAAGACACACCCCUUUCCCUUGACACACCCCUUCCAGUGAUACACCCCAUUGAGAAGACACACCCUUUUCCAGUGAUACGCCCCAUUUACAAGACACGCCCCUUUGUCAAGACAUGCCCAUAUUUCGUGUCCAAGACUCGCCCCUUUCUAGUGACACACCCCUCUCCAGUGACACACUCUAUUGCCAAGACAUACCCCUUUCCAGUGACACACCCUAUGCCAAGACACGCCCCUUUCCAAUGAUAUGCCCCAUUGUUAAGACUCCCCUUUCCAGUGAUACACCCUUUUGCCAAGACACGCCCCAUUGCAAAGACACGCCCAUAUCUCGUGUCCAAGACACACCCUUUUCUAGUGACACACCCUUUUGCCAAAACAUGACCCUUUCCAGUGACACACCCUUUUGCCCCAUUGCAAAGACACGCCCCUCUCCAGUGAUACGCCCAUAUCUCGUGUCCAAGACACACCCCUUCCAAUGAUACGCCCCAUUUCCAAGACACGCCCCUUUGUCAAGACAUGCCCAUAUUUUGUGUCCAAGACACGCCCCUUUCUAGUGACGCCAAGACACGCCCCUUUCCCAUGACACACCCUUUUUUACACCUGUGAGUGUGAAUAAAAUUGGCAUCUUUUGGAGGUCAUGUGACCAGCGACUGAAGCAAGUUUGGGAUAUUUAUGUAUUUAUAGGAGUAUUGCAGUACUGUCAUAUGUGUGCUACUACAAUACUUAUCAUUGGGAAUAUGGAUUUUAUUUGUACAUUAAAUGUACAAGAAUGCUCAAA